GCGAACGGACUCAGCGGUGGGCAGCGUGAGUCGUGAGUCGUGACCGCUGUUGUGUUGCUUGGCUAGCUCGCUCAGUUGGUGUCAUAGCGCCGCGCGCGUCGGAGCUCGUUUGCGAGGCCGAUACUUGUCUGUAGUGCGGUUCAAUAUCGUUUUAAUAUCAGGUGCGGGUAAUGCAUCUUAUCUACUCCGAUAAUAGUGCAAAUUAUUGCGCCGUUCUUCAAGUGAAACGUGUUACAUUUUAGUUUUUGUGAUCGUAAAGCGCUUGCUAGCGUUAUUACCAACGUGGCCAUGGGAUUGUGUUCGCAUUCGAAGGGCUGUUUGCGAUCCUGACACAGAAAGAAGUAGCAGCUCACUUCGACGGCUUAUAGAGAGCCGCCGUACCGCAUAAACUGCGGACCCAGGGAUACCUAACGAAACAUAACCGAGUGCAUUGUACUGUGAUUACUUUGAACAUUUUGUUACAAACGAGUGCAAUAUACUGAUAGUGCAAUCGUACGUGAACUUUUUGUUGUUUGUUAUUAAAAGUGAAUAUAACCGUGGAAUUAUGGAGAGAGAGUCUAACCCCAUGGAGGCUCUGUGCCGUUCAGGCUGCGGAUUCUACGGAAACCCCUCCACAGAUGGACUAUGCUCAGUUUGCUUUAAGGAAGCCCUAAAGAAGAAGCAGCAGCCCCCCGCGACGACGCCGUCGCCGGUGUCGUCGUCAUUCGUGGCCGCGCCCACGCCGCUCGCCGCCGCCGCGCCCACCGUGCCCGCGCUGCCCGCCAGCCCGAUGCAACUUACAGACAAAUUAGAGGAGGAGAGCGGAGCUGGCACGAGCGGUGCCAGCACGGGCGCGUCGGACACUGACGCCGACGACAAAGACCCCAGCAAGGACAAAAAGAAAAAGAACAGAUGCGCCGUUUGCCGCAAGAAGGUUGGACUCACAGGGUUUGAAUGCCGCUGCGGAGGUCUCUUUUGCGCGGUGCACCGAUACAGUGACAAGCACGAGUGCUCAUUCGACUACCGGGAGCUCGGCGCGCAGGAGAUUCGCCGCAACAACCCCGUCGUCGUCUCCCAGAAGAUACACAAGAUAUGAACCGCCCGCGCACCUGGCCUCGCUACGCCCGCGCAACACCGGCGCAACACCCGCGCGUCUUCCGCGCAACACACCUCUGCGCCCGUCAGCGCUAACCACGCUCCAACGCAUCAAACAAUUGCG